AGAUAAAGACAAAAAAAGGUUGGGAGCGUGGAACUGGGAGAUGGAGAAGAGCGUGUUUUGUGGGUAGGCCUUUUGUGCGACGGGCCUCAUAAAUAUUGGGCCGAUUUGGUGGGCCUAGAAAGGCCUGUUGUUGGGAGGCUACUUUGUUGACUGCGGAGGACCAAACUUGCUUUACAAAUUACAACUGAGUUCUCUUGGGCUAUUCGUUUUGGGCUUCUUUGAAACGGGUCGAGUUUUCUUGGGCUAUUUGUUAGUUCGUUACUAUUGCUGCUCAAUCAGACCCGACCCGUGGCCACUCUCAAACCCGUUUAAUGCAAUUACGAUUUACGAGAACGUUAAAACCCGAACAAUCACAAUUGUUCAACCACUUUGGCGGGAGAGUGAAGCCAAAGUCUGACCCCUCUGAGUCCAUUCAAAUCUUCUUCUCUUCGUAACAAGAGAUUUGGAUUUCUCUCAAAUUGAAUGGAUCAAAGCACAGAAUGGGGACCUGUUCAAUCGGAUUGGUACUCUCCAACGCGACUCCAUGGCAGCCCUGUUCAAUAUGACUUUCCUGGAGAUCGUUUUAUACCAAACAGGAGUUUGAUGGAUCUUGAUCAAGCCCGCACUUUGUUAACGAUCAGGGGAAAAGAAGGCUACAAUCCCAAUUUCACUGAGUCGUACCGACAGAAGUUGCAGGAUAAUCUGGCUUUGGAUUCAGAAGGGAAACCAUUUAGGAUGCUGGUUUUCAGGGGAAGUCCAAAAUCAACAAGAAAAUCUAUCCGGCUUAUUGACGAGAUGCGAAAGAGCGAAGAAGAGGGAUUCAAUACAUUCAUCAAGCAAUCUCAAGCUCGAUGCUUGCCUAAGAGAGAAUCGAGGAUUUUGGACGCGCCGAAACUUAGAAAUGACUUCUACUUGAACGUCGUGGAUUGGGGGAAGAACAAUGUUCUUGCUGUUGCUUUGGGCUCAGAAUUGUUCCUAUGGAACUCAGAGAGUUCAAGUGUACACAAGUUGUUGCAAGCCGGAAAUCGGAAUGACUACCCUACUAGUGUAGCCUGGUCUGUGGAUGCUAGAAUCUUGGCAGUUGGAUAUAUGCAGUCCAAACUUGAGCUCUGGGACGUUGAGACUUCCAAACUAACUUCAACCCUAGAUGGUCAUAAGCACAAAGUAACUGCACUAACAUGGAACGAUCGGGCUCUAACAUCAGGAGGCCAAGACAAAGAUAUUAUUAAUCACGAUGUUAGAGCCGCAAACAAUGUGACUUCCUGUCUAAAAGCACACUCAGAAGAGAUCUGUGGUUUGAAAUGGUCUAGUGGAGGCAAUCUGUUGGCUAGCGGUGGCAAUGAAAAUCUCAUCCACAUAUGGGAAGCUUCCCAGAUGAGUUCUUCCAAGUUUUUGCACAGAUUCAGUGGCCAUCGUGCUGCUGUCAAGGCCCUUGCAUGGUGCCCCUAUCAGUUCAACGUACUUGCCUCUGGAGGAGGCUCAAAUGAUGGAUGUAUUAAGAUGUGGAAUACGCAGAAUGGGACUUGCAUAGAAAGUAUAAACACCAAAUCUCAGAUAUGUGGACUGGAGUGGAACAGGCAUCACAAGGAAAUACUAAGUGGACAUGGCUACACUGAAAACCAACUAUGUUUGUGGAGGUAUCCUUCAAUGACUAAAGUGGGAGAGAUAAAGCGUCAUUUAUCAAGGGUCCUCCAUCUUUCCCAGAGCCCUGAUGGAUUAACAACUGUAUCAGCUGGGGCAGACGAGACACUUAGAUUUUGGGAGAUUUUUGGACCACCUCAUGCUGAAAGUCCCUCAGAUCUAGAAGGCCAUUUGUCCUUGAAGACUUUUCCUCUACGAUGAUGGCUACUAAAAGUCUAAAACAAGUCUCUUGGUUAAUUAUUCUGGCAUUGUAGGCUAUUAGUCGUUCAUAUUCAGAGUCUAAGCUUUAGAGUUCAAAUCCACGCUUCUUUAUUCAAUACUUUACGGAAAAACAGGACAUGCCAAACACAGACACGACAGACAGCCACAGUAAGAAAUCUGGAUACAACAAAAAAGUUUUGCCCAAGCCGCACACACUGAUCUAGUGAUCUAUGUGAUAAACAAGUUCAUGCAAUAGAGGUUGUAUGAAAACCUUUUAUUCUGCCACAUUCUCGUCUCAUUCCUCUGCUUUCUUCUUCGCUUCUAUCUCUCUUUC